CCACGCUGCUUUGGAUGCAGCCCAGGACAUGUUUGGCUUUCGGGGUUGCCAGUCCACAUUGCUGUGCCCAGCCUUUCAUCCAGGAGAACUCUCAAGUCCUUGGCACUGCUGCUCUUGAUCAGUUCAUCCCCCAGAAUAUUUUACAUGGAACAAUGCCAACAGUGAUUUACUGGAAGGAUGUGUGAGGAACUCAGUUUUGUUGUAUGGGGGUUUUGCUUCUUUGGGUUUUUUGUUUUGUUUUUCCUUUUGAUCUGAAGGAAGCUUCCAUGGAUAUGCAGAUGUGCAAGUUUGUAUGGGUUAUCUUAUUGGUAGUACAGCUGUUGGUAGUCGUAUUGGUAGUUGAAAAGGUUUGCUGAUUUCUGUAGAGUACCUUCAUGCAUCAGCAGCCUCAUCUGUGGCUGUAGUUCAGUGAAUACCCCAAAUAGUCAUCUUGCAUAACACGUGAACUGACAAUUUGGCAUUACAGAUAAGCUGGUGUAACAUCGUGGGAUUUUUUCCAAAAAUAAGUGGUCUCAAUUCUGCUUUUCCUGUAUUCUGUGUAACAAUUGUUAGGUGCAGGGUGAAUACAAUCAGAAGAUGAGUUUACAGGUAUACAGCCAUGAAAGCAAAUGCAGAGGGGAACAAAGCCAGCAGUGGCUAUUCCCAUGAAAUACUGUGAUUGUACCAUAGAGGAGGUACUGUCUCCAGGUGUUCAGAAGGAAAGGUUUGUCCUCCCUCUGCUGUGUUAGGGUGUUCUUUCUGUGCCUGCUGAAAUGGACCUGGCUGAACCUAAUCCGGUGAAUGGAGAAGUCUUCAGUCAGAUGAGCUUCCUGGUCCUGGUUCAUGGUGCAGCUUCAGCUCUGGUGCAGGGAAUCAGUUUGGGGUUUUUUUCUCAUGUCUUUUUGCAGGCUUCAGGUGGAAAUGCAGGUUAUGGCUGAUAGUACACAGGGCAGCUUGUUGUGAUUAAGUGUCUGUCUUGUUGUCUAGCUCUGGCAUGUAGCCAGUGCUCCUGUGAGUAGACUACACUUGCAGACAGCCUCUUUGCCUUUCCUCCUCCUCCUUUUCCCAGUUGGUUAUGGAACUGGUGAGCUAAGUCAGCUCACACGUAGCUGGUGGGGCAGGUUCUAGACAUACCAUGAUAAAAGAAGCAGAAGCCAAGGCCUAAAAGUGGGACUAUCCUUUUGGUGACCCAGACUGUAAAAAUGAUUUGUUAGUCACCUGAAAAUUUAUCCUAAUGAUUAUUUUCUCAUGUUUCCUUCCAUUGUAGCACUUGCUUACAAGAAAGGAUAGUGAGAACACUGAUUAUAAAUUAAUUGCACAGGCAUGCCUACAAAUGCAUCUCUUUCUGUAUCUCUGUGCCUUUUAAUUACUCUCUUAUGCUUUUGCAAGCAUCUCAUUUUCCCUUGGUUGCCUGCAGAUCCAGCUGCUUCAGUUUCAUGUUGUAACUUGUCUCUUAGAUAUGCACUAUCUAAAUCUUAAUCUCAUGCAAAUUUAAAAAACAGUAUCUAACUGGGUGUCAAGGGUUACAUAAAUAUUCCUCAAUUCAUUGAUAAUCUUACUCCUUUAAAUCUGCCAGCUGUUCUAUCCUCUUGAACAGUGUGGUUUAUAGAACAAUAAUCCAAGAAUAACUCAUUUAGCUUGCCAUGUUCAUUGAGCUUUUCCUGUAUGAAGCACAGAGCACAGUAGCAUCAUUUGUUUCACAAAUGUGUUUGAAUUCCUUAGCUUAAUUUAUUAUCUAAAGCAUUGCAGAAAACUGCUCUCAAGUAUAAAGAAAUCUUGGGGAGUUCCUUAACUUAUUUAAGCACUAACUCAGGCAUGUUUAAUCACAGAGGGAUCAUUAAGUGCAUUCUAUUUCAUGUGUAGGAGUUUAUUAAACAACUUUGGCACAAAUUGUGCUGAAUUCUUAAUUAGUGGAUGAUUAGCUUGAUAAUGGAAGUGAAGACUGUUUUCCAUUUUGAGGUACAGAUUACCUGUAAGCCCAAUGUGAUGACCUGAGCUAAAAUCCUUAGUUGACUUUGAGUUGUAUUGAAAUCUUUCAGUACUGAAGCAGUAUGACUACAGAGAGAUUAUUUCUUCUUCUUUUGCAGUUAGUUUUCUAUUAUAUUAACUUUUUGAGCUUUCUUAAAAGGUAAUGUUGACCUUCCUGUGUUUGUCAUUAUUGUGUGUCGUGGUUUAACCCAAGGCAGCCACUUGCUCACUCCCCCACCAGUGGGACUGGGGAGAGAAUCAGAAGGGUAAAAGUUGGAAAACUCGUGGGUUGAGGUAAAGACAGUUCAGGAGGGAAAGCAAAAGCUACACAGACAAACAAAUUGAAACAAGGAAUAAUUCACUUUAUCCAGCUGAUAAGCUGAUGUUCAGCCAUCUCCAGGGCAGGUUGCUGGCUGAAUAUCUGAUGUGAUGGCAGAGCCCUAUCAUGUGUAACAGUUCCUUGGGAAGACAAAUGCCAUCACUCCAUGUCCUUCUUCCUGUUUCCAUUUUUAUAUACAGAGCAUGAUGUCAUAUGGUGCAGAAUAUACCUUUCUGUCCUGGCUGUAUCUGCCACCCACCUCCCAUGUACUUCCAGCUUCCUCACCAGUGUGGCAGCACAAAAAGCAGAAAAGGUCUUGGCUGUGUGCAAGCACUGCUCAGAAAUAAAAACAUCUCUGUAUUAUCAGCCCUGUGUUCAUGACAAAUUCAAAACACGGCCCCAUAUCUGCUACUGCGAAGAAAAUUAACUUUCCCCCAGCCAAAACCAGCACACUGAUAAAAGAACAAAAAGUAAAGUUGACAGUCUUCAUGUUGAUGUGGUUUGUUCUUACUCAUUUCAAGGAUAUUACAUCAGAAUCAAGGCACUUGAUAGUGGGGCAGCUAUACCAGAAGUCUAAUAUAAUAAAAUGAGAGAUGUUGUCAUAUCAAAUUGAGCAUUGAAACAUAAAGAAAUAUACUUCCUGCAACUACUUUUAAAGUCCUUAGUCUACCCUGGUAUGAUAUUUAAAAAUACUAUUAAUAGGAACCUCCUACUAGGACAAUUAAAGUUGUAUAACUUUUGUCCCUGGAGAAGGGUAAGUUAAACUGUGAUGUCUUCUGGGUAUAACUUAACUGUACUAGUGGAGAGGUUAGUGCUUCUGACUACCAACCUUCGAAAUUGCUGUCUGCUCUCAUGGGAAUGUUUCCUGACCCAUUUGAGUUGAAGUAAGCCUGAAAUACUUUAAGAAGUAUUUCAUAGGUUGUUUUGACUAAAACAUUGAGAAAACUCUGGCACAUAAAAGCUGAGGAAGAAGUAGAGAGGAGGGGUUUAAUUGCUGCAAACUAGGGAAAGUUUUCCACUGUUAUGGCAGCCUACAGAGUGCUUAUCUAAAGUAGCAGUGGAACACCACUGAACUUGUGAUGCCAGAUUCACCCCCAGCCAGUUUAUACUGAUGAUAGUGAUGUGUUUAAAAAUAAUUCUGAGUCUUGUCAAGAAAGCUGACUAAUUCAUUUACUAGGGACAUAGACUAACAGUAUGUAACUUAGAGACAAAAAGAUUUUGGUAGCAUUUUGAGUCUGAAGGUGGAACAGAAGAGCAAUAAAAGCAUUUUAGUGCAUUUAAGAGGAAGUCUAAUGCUUGCCUUCUGUCAGAAUGCCUGCUUUUAAAUGCUGCUUCUAGUGGAUGGGGGGGAUUGAGCUUUUGUAAGGAAAAGGGAUGGAUUUAGAAUUCUGUUUAUUAUUUUUUCAAAUGUUUUUGAAAUAGCUUCAUUUUUUAUUUAAUUACAUGGCAAGUAAUGCUGUGAAACACUCAAGGAAUAAAUCUGAAAACAAGUUCAGUGAUUAUCCUUGUAAAGCAGGUCUAAUCAGUGUAAAUAUGGAUGCUGACAUUUGUGUUACUCUGUACCUAGAGCAACAGAAGCAAAACGUUUCUGUGCUUUGUAUCUUCUGAGAAGGAGAUUUUCCCCUGUUCCCAGAAAUAAGAAAGUAUGCAAAAGGAUCAUCACCGACUAAGGGAAUACAAGGCUGCCAAGCUAGAAUGUGUUGUACAUUUGCAGAGGCAGCAGUCUAAUCAUAUUGACAGUCUUAAUGUUGUUAAUUUGACAUAGUUGUCAGCAACACAUCUUUUUAAAGGAAAAUUUUAGAAAUAUUGUUUUUUCUGUAGUUUUGCAGUGUGUCAGAUCUUAAUGGUAUAUCUGCAGAAAGUUGUAGAAGGAAGUGAGAGCUUAAGUUGUGACAAUGUCAUUGGCUAAAUGGCCAUGGGACAAAGCGCUUCUUACCACUUAAUUUUUCAGAAAUUUUGUGGUAAAAGUAAAGGCAAGGAUCUUAGUCUGAUGUGGAAAAGGGAAACCAGUACAGCAGUUGGGCAGUACUUGUUAUAAGUGGCUAUAGGCUUGCUCUUUGAAACAGCAGCAGUUGAAAAUAAUUUUUGCAAGAGUAUUCAAAGUGAGAUAUAAAUGAGGUAAAAACUAUUUGGGGAGUGUUUGUAAACAACAGAAUGCUUGUAUGUUGGCAAGAGCCUUGACUCCUUUCUCUCUUGUAGUCACCAUAUAACUAAUAUUACAGUUUUUUUAACUGUUGGAUAUUAUAAAGCAGAUCCUAGAAGAUAAAAUGUGAAAAUAAAAUGUGAUUAGCAGUCUUAGGCAUCUGACUAAAGUUUGGUUUAUUGUGAUUUGUCUCAUUCAUUUUGAAAGGAGAAGAGAGUAUUCUAAAGAAAAACCUGUUAAUUAAUAAACCUGUUAAUUAACUCCAUCGACUUCUUUCCUAUACUAGCAAUAAACACAUUUCUCAUAUAUGGGCUUGUGUGUCUUUUGAAUGUGCAUGGCCUGGUUUUGUCAAGCAUGGAAAAGAGCAUUUCUGAAAUCAAGAUGAUUUAUGUUAGAUGAGAACACCUUGAAGAUCACUUCUCAUUAUUGAAGAUCAAAACUCAGACUGAUGAUACUUAAAAUCAUUAAGAUUGUAAAGAGAUUGAGUCCAGCUGUUAGCCCAUCACCCCUGUGGUUGCCACUAAGCCUGGUGCUACACACAUGCAUUUUGAACACUUCCAGGGAUGGCAAUUCCACCACUUCCCUGGGCAGUCUGUGCCAAUGCCUGACUACCCUUUCAGUGAAGAAAUUUUUUCUAGUAUCUAAUCUAAACCUCCCCUGCUACAGCUCCUUUCAGGUGCUUGUAGAGAGCAGUAAUUUUCUGCUGAUCACCCCCACCUCCCUCAGCUGCUCAUCCAUUGACUUUAUGCUCCAGAGCUUUUCCCAGCUCCAUUGCCCUUCUCUGGACAGCCCCCAGCAACUCCGUGCCCUUCUUGCAGGAAUGUCUAAAGAGUGAUAAAGCAUACCUGAUAUGAAGUCUAACACAGAUAUUCUAGGAAAUUCUGGUGAUUAAAGAUCAUGGCAACCAUAGAGGAACUGGCCCAUCAAAUUUUUGAACAGCAAAUGGGAGAGGUUACACAUUCCCAGGAAGGUGGUACACAAACACUAAUGGAUGGGACACCACAACGAAUACAGAUUGUCCCUGCAGAUUCAGGCCUCUCUUUAUCACAGCGUAUACAGAUUGUCACAGAUCAGCAGACGGGCCAGAAGAUUCAGAUUGUUACAGCACUUGAUCAGAGCUCAGCAGGCAAGCAGUUCAUCUUAACAAAUCAUGAUGGCUCUACCCCAAGCAAGGUGAUCCUUGCCAGACAAGAUUCCACUCCAGGAAAAGUUAUCCUAGCAACUCCAGAUGCUGCAGGUGUCAACCAACUGUUUUUUGCAUCCCCUGAUAUAUCUGCACAACACAUCCAGAUUUUAACAGACAACUCCCCCAAUGAACAGGGCCUAAAUAAAGUGUUUGAUCUGUGUGUUGUAUGUGGAGACAAAGCAUCAGGGCGUCAUUAUGGAGCAGUAACCUGUGAGGGAUGCAAAGGAUUCUUUAAAAGGAGUAUACGUAAAAAUUUAGUUUAUUCCUGCCGAGGAACAAAAGACUGUGUCAUAAACAAACACCACCGGAAUCGCUGUCAGUAUUGUAGGCUGCAGAGAUGCAUCGCCUUUGGCAUGAAACAAGAUUCCCUGCUUCUGUCAGCAGAAAUCAGUAACACAGAGGAAAUUAAUUCAGAAAGCUGGGGCAGUGAAAGUGGAUCUUUACCCUCUAGUUCAGCUGGCACUGUACAGUGUGAGAGGAAACCUAUUGAAGUGUCAAGAGAAAAAUCUUCUAACUGUGCAGCUUCUACAGAAAAGAUCUACAUUCGGAAAGAUCUUCGUAGUCCAUUAGCUGCAACCCCAACUUUUGUAACAGACAAUGAAACAGCAAGAUCACCGGGUUUGCUGGAAUCAGGAAUGUUUGUUAACAUUCAUCCAUCUGCAAUAAAAAGUGAGCCUACUGUGCUGAUGACUCCAGAUCAGGUAGAAGCAUGUCAAGGAGAUUUAAGUACCCUGGCAAAUGUGGUGACUUCAUUAGCAAAUCUCAGUAAAUGCAAGGACAUGUCACAAAGCAGUACAGAGCUAUCCAUGAUCGAAAGUUUGAGUAAUGGAGAUGCAUCAUUAUCUGAACUCAAGCAAGAAGAACAAGCUAGUAGUGAUGUUACAAGGGCAUUUGAUACUCUUGCAAAAGCAUUAAAUCCAGGAGAGAGCUCAGCAUGCCAGAACUCUGAAAGUGUUGAUGCCAAUGCACAGAUGCUUGGUGGAGAAACAAACAUGAACAUCGUUGAAAUAGAGGGGCCACUACUCAGUGAUGCUCAUGUAGCAUUCAGGCUCACCAUGCCUUCUCCUAUGCCUGAUUAUCUUAACGUUCACUAUAUCUGCGAGUCUGCCUCCAGAUUGCUUUUCUUGUCCAUGCACUGGGCACGUUCCAUUCCAUCUUUCCAAGCUUUGGGACAGGAUAACAGCAUAUCAUUAGUAAAAGCCUGCUGGAAUGAACUUUUUACGCUUGGUCUAGCACAAUGCUCACAAGUUAUGAAUGUGGCAACGAUCUUAGCUGCUUUUGUUAAUCACCUUCAAGGCAGUUUACAACAAGAUAAGCUGCCAACAGACAGAGGAAGACUAGUAAUGGAACAUGUCUUCAAAUUGCAAGAGUUUUGUAACAGCAUGGUAAAGCUGUGUCUAGAUGGAUAUGAAUAUGCAUAUUUGAAAGCAAUUGUCCUCUUUAGUCCUGAUCACCCAGGUCUAGAAAAUGUGGUACAGAUUGAGAAAUUUCAAGAAAAAGCUUACAUGGAGUUCCAAGACUACGUAACAAAGGCGUAUCCGGAUGAUACUUACAGACUGUCUAGACUUCUUCUCCGAUUGCCUGCUCUUAGGCUGAUGAGUGCUGCCAUCACUGAAGAGCUGUUCUUCGCAGGAUUAAUUGGAAAUGUUCAGAUUGACAGCAUCAUCCCAUACAUUCUGCGAAUGGAGACAGCAGACUACAACUCUCAGAUCAUAGGUCAUGGCAUGUAAAAGUAGCAGUCCAGGAUUCUGUACCAUGGCAAUCAUGGUAAUGUAAAUGCAUACCCUGUCUCCAAGAGAUGGUCAUAAGACUUCCAAUGCACCUUUCCAAAGAAGGCUCAUAUUCCUCCUUUCCAGUACACUUGGGAAACAUGGUGGAGUGUAGUAGGAUAUAGGAUCACUUGCUGUUCUUCAUCUGUCUUCAAGGACUUGUAAAUUAUCUUGAUAUCUGAAGAAAGUCAAGAAUUGUCCAUCCUAUUUUUGUAGGUAGACGGACUUGGAAUAUUUGUUUAUGAAGCUCAGGCUUAUGAGGAAAUUGAAGAUGCUUUGACUGAACUAAGGUAUCUCAAUUUAGUUUGAUGCUUUAGACAAAUAAAUUAACUUUCCUCUCUGA